UACCGGCAAAGUUUACAAAGAUGUUUUACAACGUUGUUAGACGAGCCAUUCAAACACACAUAAAAAAUGUGAAUAAAUAUCAAAUAGUGCGGCUCAGCAGUAGCUCCCCUGGUGGCGUAAAAGAUGAUAUMAAGGAUGCGCUGGAUAUUGAGGCGAAUUUGUUUGAAAACUCAAUGGUGCAACAUCAGCCGGUGAGCACGCGGGAGGYUUUACGCAAGCAUAAACCAACGUUAAUUAGUAAACAGAAGCGAGAGCCAAACAAAAAGAAAGACGUAGCUGCGGAUACAACAGCAACACCGGCACCAGUAAAAAAAACAGCUCCAGUUAAGCGUGCGCCUACGCCGCUAAUUAAGGACAGCGAAUUAAAUUUAGAGUUCCUGCGGCUCACCUUGCAGGACCCGUUAAUGAGCACCUUGCUGACCGAAGUGCGUUCACGCAAACGUCGCGACAAAAACAAACAGAUCAUUGUCGAGGGGCGACGUCUCAUACAGGAAGCCCUUCAAUCUGGCUUGAAAAUGCUUUCCUUAUUCUUUAGCCAAAAGGAUCAAUUGGCCCUGUUGCGGGAUCAAGUGGCGCAGGCUCAACAAGAACAAAACACAAAAAUCUACAAAGUGCCGCAACAUGAUCUGAAAACAUGGUCUUCGCUAGUAACACCUCCCGGACUCUUGGCAAUAUUUGAACGUCCCCCUCCGCAAGGCCUACAACAGCGGCAGGACAUAGAGCCCUUACCCAUUACAGUGGUGUGCGACAAUAUACGUGAACCCAACAACUUGGGCAGCAUAAUAAGAACCUGCGCUGCUGUGCCCUGCAGCCAGGUGGUGGUCACACACGGCUGCUGUGAUCCCUGGGAAUCCAAGGCGUUGCGCGGCGGCUGUGGYGGCCAAUUCCGUUUGCCCAUACAUGAUGAUGUCACCUGGGAGCAGCUGCCACUGCACAUACCAGCAGAGGUAGCCGAUACUUGUCAUGUCUUCAUUGCCGAAAAUAAUCCGUCAAAAACGGCGAAACGUGCAGGCAGAACUGUAGACUACGCUGAAUUGGAUCAGACAGGCGCGCACAAUGUUCUAAUCAUUGGAGGAGAGAGUCAUGGCGUAAGCGAUGAUGCUUACAGUUUCAUGAAACUGGUGGGCAACAGGGGCAAGUGUGUCUAUAUUCCCCUUGCAGCGGGCAUUGACAGUCUGAAUGUUGCAUCCGCCCUCACUUUAAUACUAUUUGAGCUGCGCAAAAAACUAAUCAAUAAAACGAACGAUUAGUUAAAAUAAGUAUGCAGCUUAAAUUGAUAUAGUUUUAUGUCAAAAUAUAAAGUACAAUCGACUAAACGGAUUCUUUAAUUUAA